AUAAGCUGAGAUCAAAAGACAUCAAAUGUCACAUCCAGCUUCGAAACAGCUUCUAGAAGCAUGUUCGUCCUUGAAAACCACCCAAUAAACCACCACAGCCAAGUGUCUGCGAACCGUAUUGUUGACGACUUCAUCCUCAACGUAUCCCGUCCCAUUGCAGGAAUAUUGCGCUGCCCCUUAAUAACAAACAUUAUGUAUGAACACGAUCGAGUAGCGCCCAAGACACCCAACAUCAGACAAAACGGGACUGCAGUCUUUGGAGCACUGGACGAACGAAUCCGAAAGGACAGAAAGGACUUCCCCGACAGAAGUCUAUCCAGUGCUUGCGUCAAGCAUCAAUCACAUUCUGCCAUGGAAAAUACGGAUUUUAAGGGAGCAUGCUCUCAACCACCUAUACUAGACUACUCAAAUCUGGAGGCAGACAAGAACACCGGUCUGGACCCUCUGACUAUUUCCAACCUCAUUGCGGACAAAGACAAGGAGAAUUGCGGGACUUGGGACAACAAUAAUGCAUGCCAUGGUUACCAUACACCAUCGCAUAGGAUCCUUACACUCCCCAGGGCCCUCGGCCGAGGACACUUUACACGGAUUGCCCUUUGCCGCCACGGGAACGGAAUCUGGAUUUCAGAAAACGUGGUUCUGACAGCGCGGUUAACCAACAUGUGCCCUUGCAAUCGUGUCGUUCCCGCCUAAUCUGUGAGAUGGGAGUGGCCAUGCCUCUUAAACAUUGGAUGUAACCCCCGGAUGGUUCAUGCCUUGUUGUCGUACGAAUCAGUCAACCCAUCACAAACAAGAAAACCCAUAUCAAAGUUGCAGUGAAGCCGGUUGAAGAGGCCGGGCGUCGAAUCGGUUUGCAUACCUUUUUCCAUAGCAAAAUAACCCUUCCACCCC